CCCGCGCGCGCCUCACUGGGAGCACCGGGGCCGAGUCUCUGAUUCCGGGGGAGGCAGAGGCUCCGCCCUGGCUGGAAGAACUAGAACUAGGGUGCUCCUGCUCUCUGUCCCCUCGCGCGAGAGGAUCAAUCUCAGGCUAAGAAAUGGCAUUUCAAAAGGCUGUAAAAGGGACUGUCCUUGUUGGCGGAGGUGCUCUUGCAACUGUUUUAGGCCUCUCUCAGUUUGCUCGUUACAGAAGGAAGCAAGUGAAUCUGGCCUAUGUUGAAGCAGCAGGGUCCCUCGCAGAACCUGUUAACAGGGAACCACCUUCCAGAGAAGCUCAGAUACUGACUUUGCAAAACACGUCUGAAUUUGAUAUCCUUGUUAUUGGAGGAGGAGCAACAGGAUGUGGCUGUGCACUAGAUGCUGUCACCAGAGGACUAAAAACAGCCCUUGUAGAAAGAGAUGAUUUCUCAUCAGGGACCAGCAGUAGAAGCACUAAAUUGAUCCAUGGUGGAGUGAGAUAUCUUCAGAAGGCUAUCUUGAAGUUGGAUAUUGAGCAGUAUAGGUUGGUAAAAGAAGCCCUUCAUGAGCGUGCCAACCUACUUGAAAUUGCUCCCCAUUUAUCAGCUCCAUUGCCUAUAAUGCUUCCACUUUACAAAUGGUGGCAGUUACCUUACUACUGGGUAGGAAUCAAGCUAUAUGAUCUGGUUGCUGGAAGUAAUUGCCUGAAAAGCAGUUAUGUCCUCAGUAAAUCAAGAGCUCUUGAGCAUUUCCCAAUGCUCCAGAAGGACAGACUUGUAGGAGCGAUUGUCUACUAUGACGGACAACACAACAAUGCACGGAUGAACCUCGCCAUUGCUCUCACCGCUGCCAGGUAUGGGGCUGCCACAGCCAAUUACAUGGAGGUAGUGAGCUUGCUCAAGAAGGCAGACCCCCAAACAGGGAGAGAGCACGUGAGCGGGGCCCGCUGCAAGGAUGUGCUCACAGGGCAGGAAUUUGAUGUGAGAGCCAAAUGUGUUAUCAAUGCUACCGGACCUUUCACAGACUCGGUGCGCAAAAUGGAUGACAAGAACACGCCUGAUAUCUGCCAGCCGAGUGCUGGAGUUCACAUUGUGAUGCCUGGCUACUACAGCCCAGAGAACAUGGGACUUCUUGACCCCGCCACCAGUGAUGGAAGAGUUAUUUUCUUCUUACCCUGGGAAAAGAUGACUAUAGCUGGCACUACCGAUACCCCAACUGAUAUUACAAACCAUCCAAUUCCUUCGGAAGAAGAUAUCAACUUCAUUUUGAAUGAAGUGCGUAACUACCUGAGUUGUGAUGUUGAAGUGAGAAGAGGGGAUGUCCUGGCAGCAUGGAGCGGUAUUUGCCCCCUUGUUACAGAUCCCAAGUUUGCAGAUACUCAGUCGAUCUCCAGGAAUCAUGUUGUUGAUAUCAGCGAGAGUGGCCUUGUCACUAUAGCAGGUGGAAAGUGGACAACAUACCGAUCUAUGGCAGAAGAUACUGUCAAUGCUGCUGUCAGGACUCACAAUUUGAAUGCAGGACCAAGUAGAACAGUUGGGCUUUUCCUUCAAGGGGGUAAAGAUUGGAGCCCCACACUCUACAUUCGGCUUGUCCAGGAUUAUGGUCUUGAAAGUGAGGUGGCACAGCAUCUUGCCUCCACCUAUGGUGACAAGGCUUUUGAGGUGGCCAAAAUGGCAAGUGUGACUGGAAAGCGGUGGCCCAUUGUUGGAGUGCGUCUUGUUUCUGAAUUUCCAUAUAUUGAGGCUGAGGUAAAAUACGGGAUUAAGGAGUAUGCCUGCACUGCGGUAGAUAUGAUUUCCCGUCGCACUCGCCUGGCCUUUCUAAAUGUCCAGGCAGCAGAGGAGGCCCUUCCUAGGGUUGUUGAGCUGAUGGCCAGAGAACUGAAUUGGAGUGAUCGUAAGAAAGAGGAGGAACUUGAAACAGCCAAGAAGUUUCUGUAUUAUGAAAUGGGGUAUAAAUCUCGAUCAGAACAGUUAACAGAUCGCUCUGAAAUUAGCCUACUGCCUUCAGACGUUGACAGGUACAAGAAGAGAUUUCGUAAGUUUGAUGCUGACCAAAAAGGUUUUAUUACCAUAGUUGAUGUUCAACGUGUAUUAGAGAGUAUCGGUGUCCAAAUGGAUGAAAAUACACUGCAUGAAAUUCUGAAUGAAGUAGAUUUAAACAAAAAUGGACAGGUUGAACUCAAUGAAUUUUUGCAGCUGAUGAGUGCUAUUCAAAAAGGAAGGGUGUCUGGAAGCCGGCUUGCUAUACUAAUGCAAACUGUAGAAGAGAACCUUGACAGAAGAGUUCCGAUUCCUGUGGACCGUAGUUGUGGAGGAUUGUGAGUCUGAGCAGUAA